UACAUUUCCUGCCGGCACAAAGUUAUAAUACCCUUCAUGCUAAUGCCAAAAUUUCAUCUAAUUAAACUUUCACAACCGUUUAAAUUUCGUGACAAGGCGAAGGAUACUUCAUGCGUCUUUUGCUGCUGACUUUGCUGCUGGCGUUGCUGGAAUGGGAACAGGUGCGUGGUGUGGAUUACUGCUUUAAAACGGACCCCAAACGUCCGCAGACACUCGAAUUUAGCUCAAAGAGCGUCUAUAAUCGUGUCAGCGGCCACGAUGCCGAGAAAUUCAAUGUUCCCGGGUGCAAGGCCACGAAGAUGUGGAUAUACCACAGACAUGGCACACGCUUGAUGGAAAAAGACGAUAUCGAGAAGUCCAAACGCCUCGGCGAGCUUCGUGAUUUGAUUAAGGGAAACUAUGAUAAAAUGCAGACUAGUCCUGACACGAAUACCUUGUGUGAUGCAGAUCUUGAUGAACUUCAGAAAUGGAGAUGGAACUCAAGCAUUACCGUCGAUCUCGAUGAGCAUCUUACCGAGCAGGGCUACGAAGAUUUGCGCAAUUCUGCUAAACGCUAUCAGUCCUAUUAUCCAGAGUUGUUGCCCAGAACAUACAACAGUACUUAUUAUCGGGUGAGGAAUCAAAACCUAAUGCUUAAUAUUGUUCCCAAGCUAAUCUUUGACUUUCUAGUUCGGUCAUACUGA